AUGAUAGGAUCAAUGGAUGUUGAUAAAAUCCCUUUAGCUGGAGGGUCAAUUACUUGUUUAGACUGUGGAAACUUCUAUAUUACAAAUGCAACAAUGAAUAAUUCAAUCUCUCUCUCUGGAGGGGCAUUAUAUCUUGAACUUACUGAGCAAAGAAAAGAGAAAUAUAUAUUAAAGAAUGAGUAUACAGUGAAGAUCGUUUCAUCUGUGUUUGCAAACUCACACUCUUUGUCUGUUGGUGGAGCUAUUCAUCUCAAUAAUUAGUUUAGAGUUCUGUUUUAAUCGAAUACCUUAAAUGACAACUAUGCGAGUACACAAGGAGGUGGACUUUAUAUGGAAUGUCUUUCUCCUUUCGAUUGCAAAUAUAACAUGCAAGGAACUAAUACGUUCAAGAACAAUUAUGCAAAUAGCUCAGGAGGUGCAAUAUACUGGGGAGAUGUCUAGCCUACCUUACUUUCAGGCGCUAACUACUAAUUUGAAUCAAAUAAAGCAUUAAUUUAUGCAGAUAACAUUGGAAGUUAUCCAUAAAAACUAGUGUCAUUAACUAAAGAAUAGUAUUAGGCAUAAUUACUUAGAGCUAGUGUUAAUUCAGCAGUUGAUAGCAGCAGAAGAUUGAGAGAUCUAUAGGUUUCAAAUAGUUCAACAUCUUCUUCAUAAGACUCUCAAAGAAGUGGAGAUACAUUGCCAACUAUGUAUAUUGGGCUUGCUGAUGCUAUGGGAUAGUUAGUUGGAACUGAAAGUAGCAAAAAACUUGAUGUCUCUUUGAAAGGCACUUUAAGUAAUGGGACCAAUUCAAUGAAGUAUUAAGCAACAAUUGCUGGUACUACAACAUUCUAUUCAUUGAAUGGAGUCUAUGUUUUAAAGGAUAUCAUCUUUACUGGUGCUCCAGGAGAGAAUUAUCAGCUUUCGUUUGCUUCGGAUGGAAUUGACCCAGAUAAGCCUGCAAACAAAGAUCCAAUAAUUCAAAGUGCCUUAAAUUCUACUGCUAUUGAUUUUGAUCUUAAUAUAAGUUUAAGAGAAUGCUAGGUUGGAGAGAAAUUUACUGAUGCAGGUGCUUGCGAUCCAUGUCCUAUUGAAAAAUCUUACUCAUUAGUAAAAAUGACAGAACCAGGUCAAUGUAAGACAUGCCCUACAAGUAAAGCUGUUUGCAAUGGAGGAUCUAAUAUUGGGCCUCAACCAGGCUAUUGGAGGAAAAAUAAUGUAACAGGGAUGGUUCCACCAUAAAAUGAUCCAUAAGGAUAAUGCUAUACAGGCUAUGCUGGCAUUUUAUGUGCAGAUUGCAAUCCAGGAUAUUCUGUUACAGGCGCAUUCUAAUGUGGAAAAUGUCCAGAAUAUGCAUAAAAUAUUUUCAGAAUAGUAGCUAUUAUUCUUGUAGGAAUAGUAGUUAUAAUACUUUUGAUUCGUUCAACUCUUCAGGGUGCUGCAGACGUUAAGAAUAUCACAAGUGUCUUUCAAAAGAUUCUCUUAAACCAUAUCCAGUUGAUAGUACUAACAGCUUCAUUUGAUUUUAGCUGGCCAUAAAUAGUAAUGGAUUAUUUCAAAAGCAGUGAAACAGUUGGGGAAGCUUCAAACCAAAUAUUUUCAGUUGAUUGUUUCUUAAACAGCGAUGAUGGAUAUGAAAAGAACAAGAAUAGUACUUACAGCUCUGCUGCAAAGAAGAAUAGUUUCAUUGUUAGAAUUUUCUACUUUAAACUUGCUAUGUUUGGACUAUUACCUCUACUUCUAGUAGUUUUAUGCUAUAUCGCUUGGAGUUUAAUUUAUAGAAAAAGCUAAGACAAGUCUAUACUAAUGACGAAGGCUACAUCAUCUGUAGUUAUACUACUCUUCUUAGUUCAUCCAAAUAUCGUUAAAUAUGUAUUUAAUGCUUUUAAUUGUAUCGACAUCGAUGGAGAAUCUAGAAUUAAAAAUGAUCUUGAAAUAGUAUGCUAUACAAAAGAGCAUAUUUUAUGGGCGCUCGGUGUUGCUUUACCUAGUUUGAUUGUUUGGGGUCUUGGAAUUCCAUUUUUUGCAUUUCUUUUAUUGCUGAAAGAGAGAAAGACUCUUGAAUCUUUAAUUACCAGACAAAAGUAUGGGUUCUUGUAUAGAGGAUUUAAGAGGAGAUUUUUCUAUUGGGAGAUAGUUAUUACUUAUAGAAAAAUCUUUUUGAUUUUUAUCCAAAUAUUCCUGGUUUAAUAUGGAGUCAUUACCUAAGCAAUGCUUGUUUUAUUGAUGCUAAUAUUCUUUAUGAGUAUCAAUCUGACUAAGUCACCGUUUUAAACACUAGCAUUGAAUGAAUUAGAAACUGUUUCAAUAAUAACCUCUCUACUCACAAUUUUUUGUGGAAUAUUCUUCAUUGUAGCAGUUGACACUGUGGAUGUUGAAACUGGAGAAUCUUCAAGUGACUCUUAGGUUACACUUACUGAUGGUACAUAGUUAUUAUUAUUUGCUAUUAUUCUUGUGAGUAACAUAUCAUUCUUUGUGUAUUGGGCCUAUAAAAUGCUAAGUGAGGUUCAAAACAUGCUCAUCAAAAAGUUUGCAAAAUUAUACACUAUAUUUUGUCUGUGUGGAGAUAAGAAGAAGUAUGAAUUAAAGCUCGAGGCUGCCCUGAUUAAAGAAGAUAAUGAAUUACUAAGAGAAAGAUAUCAAGAUAUUUUAAGAUAAUUAUCAAUUAUGUGCGACAAUGGAGAACUUAUGCUAAAUGAAAAGGUGUUGGAGAAAGUAGCAUUUUAUCUAAGAAAAGAUAGGGUCUUGUAAUCAGCUGGAAUUGAAAUUGAUAGUGAAGCCUUUGAUGAUGCUGCCCAUAAAAUAAAGAGAACAAUAAGGCAGUUAGCGGGCAUUAAACAAAGAUAAAAAAUUGGGAAAACUGAGAAAAUGGAUGAAGUUGAUAGUAUCGAAUAAGUUACUGAAGGUGAUUAAGGAACUACUGAUAUAAAAUUCUAAUUCUAGUCCACCUAGAAAAAUCUGCUUUAAAAUGAUCUAUAGAGUGAUGGAAGGACACAGAGUGGAUAGAGUUUAAGAUUGGAAAAAAAUUUCAAUUUCGAUUUAAAACAUUAAAAGAAUAGAACAGCGCAACACUAAAGAUAUAGUAGUGAGAGUGAUAAAAAUUCUGAAAAAAGAAUAGCCUCUGCUAAUAAGCUUAUUGAAGAACUUAUGAACAGUAGUGAAUUAGAGACUUACAAAAAUCCAAACUCUCCUAGUGCUCAGAUGAAAAUAGACAAGUAUGUUGCUGGUUAAUAAGAUAAGAGGAUAAUUGAUCAAACGAAUAACUCUUGUGAAGAUUCUGAAUAACAAGUCUUAACUCAAAGAUAAAUGAAAGAAAUUGUUGAAUAUGAAGAAAAAGUGGUACCUGAAGAUCAAAUCAAAGAGAUAUUGGAAAUGAUUGAGAAUAACAAAAAAACUAUGAGUGAUAGAAUUGCAUUCCAAGUUCUGAGACGAAAUUUCGUUGGCUCUUCAUAACAAUAAAAGAGAUCAGUAAUCGAAGACGAUAGCACACAUUAUAAGAGGCUAAGAUAAGAUAAAAUUAGGUCAGCUGAUGCAAAAACAAGUCAAGAGCAUUAAAUAUAAAUUGAGGAUGAUGAGGAUAGAAGUCCGAUCCUCAACAAAAGAAAGCAAUCUGAUGAAGAAGAUUAUGAGAAUGAUAUUGAAGAAAUUAAAUAUGAGAUUUAUGAGCCAUAAAGUUCUGGCCGUAAUUUAGACAAUAGUAAAUCUUUUGAAAUGAAAAAAGAUUAAAAACUUGUAUUAUCUGGUUUAAGCUCAUUUGGUGAAAGUCAAAACAACGACACCAAUAGAAAUUUACUUUGA